AUGACAGGACUCAUCUACAAUAGACCGAAAGAACCUCUACAGUUUCUGGAGUCUGCAAUUGCUCAGAUUCGUGCCAACCCAGAGGAGGAAGUAUCAUGGGACAUGUUCAUUGACAAAGGCGAUGAUAACCCUACAAAAGGCAAAAAGACAAAAACUAAGGAAAAGAAAAAAGAAGAGAAACCGGCUACAGUGAAAACCGCGGAGCCACAGUCUCGUACACCAAUCAUGGGUAGGGCUCAGAGAUCGCCUUCUGUGAUGAAAGCAGCAGAAGUUGCUCAGAUCCCUCAUGUGCCAAUUAUUCUGUUCAUCGGUGGACCUGGAGGGGGUAAAACACGCCAUGCCGCUCGAGUCGCCAAUGCAUUAGCUGAUCAGGGUCUCAUCCAUAUUUGCAUGCCAGAUAUUAUAAGAGCAGCGCUUGCAAAGUACAAGGACCACUAUUCAGAAUGGAAGACUGCUAACGACCACUACCUAAGAGGCGAACUGAUUCCAAACCAUCUGGCAUUGGCACUAGUAAAAGCCGAAAUGGGACGUCAUCCAGAAGCGGCCGCAUUUUUCCUGGAAGGCUUCCCAAGAGAAGCUCGACAAGUCGAGGAUUUCGAAAGAGAGGUGAAAUCUGUGAACAUGGCUCUAAUCCUUGACUAUGAUGAGAAGACACUAAGGGAACACAUGGAAAAAAGAGGACUGGGUAUGGAAAUCAUCGAUCAGCGGAUAAAGGAGUUCAAGCAGAAGACUCUUCCAUCUGCAAAGUAUUUUGACGAUCAACACUUACUUCAUUUGAUUCCUGGAGAGAAAGACGACCAUACUAUAUUUGAAAGGAUGAGGGAUCUCGUUAUCAAAGCAAUGAGCACUGGCGUACCUAUUCUCAAUACUCAACCUUCUCCAGUCCCUACUCGAGCAGGAACUGUUGAAACGGUCAUGCAAAGUGAGCCUGGCACAGUCAGGCUUCCACCGGCUGUCGUUUCUCCGGAUCUGAUUCGUGCAUCUGAAGCUGCCGAACCAGAUGUUCAAGGAUCCCCGGAACAAGCUGUUCUGAGCCAAGAUGUUUUGAGUCAAGAAGCCGUACAAGCUCACACCGAAGUAGUCGUGAAUAACAGUGAGUCUAUCUCAUACAAUCAAAAGAUUUUAGCUGAGAUUCGCGCACCCUUUCACUUCUCAUAAAA